AAAGUAAUUAUGGAUGGAAGCAAAGAUCGCCACAUGUUGCUUGGUUUGGCCAGAAAAAAAAAUACACUACAGAUCUACAGGAACUAAAUAGUGAAUGAUACUGGAUUUCAAAGAAGACAGCAAUCACUGUGGUUCAGAAAAGGGGCCGCGUGCAAGAGGUGGAGCUGGAUUUUAACAUGUUGAAGGAAGCUGGGCAAAGAGAGCACUUCUCAUUCCUGCUGAUGACUCAUGGGACAUAACACCACUGCUGGAUGCCUGGUACAUUUAAGAAACCUGACUGCAUAAGAAGCACUCUACAUGGGCACAGGAUGUUACCUGGAAUCGGAGAACUAAUUCAUCCUGACUUUUCUUGAUUUUAAAUGUGCUAUCGUCCAUUUCAAGAUGCCUUUGCACUUUUGAUAAAUGCAAACUGACAAAUCUCCACACCACGACAGAGAGGAAAUCAGUACUGCUUGAAGCCUGAAAGACUACCCUUAAUAAAGCCAAGUCCCCAGUUGUUGAAAUGCUAAGGAAGUUGUGGAGGAGGAAACUUUUUUCUUAUCCCACUAAAUACUACUUCUUAUUUCUUGCUUUUUCGCUGGUCACAUUCACUGUUUUAAGAAUUCAUCAAAAGCCUGAAUUUGUAAAUUUUGGACAUUUGGAGCUGUUUGAAGAGAAUCCUAGUAGUAAUAUUAAUUGCACCAAAAUUCUACAGGGUGAUGUAGAUGAAAUCCAAAAGGUGAAGCUUGAGACUCUAACAGUGAAAUUUAAGAAGCGCACUCAAUGGACAAACUAUGACUACAUAAACAUGACUGGUGAUUGUGCUUCUUUCAUCAAGAAGCGCAAAUAUAUUAUAGAACCACUUAGUAAAGAAGAGGUGGAGUUUCCAAUAGCAUAUUCUAUAGUGGUUCAUCACAAAAUUGAAAUGCUUGACAGGCUCCUGAGGGCCAUCUACAUGCCUCAGAAUUUCUAUUGUAUUCACGUGGACACAAAAUCAGAGGAAUCGUUUUUGGCUACAGCUGUGGGCAUGGCAUCCUGCUUCAGUUAUGUCUUUGUCGCCAGUCAGCUGGAGAGCGUGGUGUAUGCAUCCUGGAGCCGGGUUCAGGCUGACCUUAACUGCAUGCAGGACCUCUCCAGGAUGAAUGCAGACUGGAAGUACCUGAUAAAUCUCUGCGGAAUGGAUUUUCCUAUUAAAACCAACCUGGAAAUUGUCAGGAAGCUCAAGUUGUUGAUGGGUGAGAACAACCUAGAAACGGAGAGAAUGCCAUCCCAUAAAAAAGAAAGGUGGAAAAAGCAUUAUGAAGUCGUGAAUGGAAAGCUGACCAACACGGGAACUGACAAAAUACAUCCACCUCUUGAAACACCUCUGUUUUCGGGAAGUGCCUAUUUUGUGGUCAGUAGGGAAUAUGUGGAGUAUGUGCUCCAGAACCAAAAUAUCCAAAAGUUUAUGGAGUGGGCCAAAGACACAUACAGCCCUGACGAGUAUCUCUGGGCCACUAUUCAGAGGAUCCCCGAAGUCCCAGGGUCAUUGUCCUUAAGCCAUAAGUACGACACGUCUGACAUGCAGGCGAUUGCCAGGUUUGUUAAAUGGCAGUACUUUGAAGGAGACGUUUCCAAGGGCGCCCCCUACCCGCCGUGCGGCGGCGUCCACGUGCGCUCCGUGUGCGUUUUCGGAGCUGGUGACUUGAACUGGAUGUUGCGCGUGCACCAUUUGUUUGCCAACAAAUUCGACCCGGACAUCGACCUCUUUGCCAUCCAGUGUUUGGAUGAGCAUCUGAGGCAUAAAGCCCUGGAGACGUUAAAACCCUGAACGCUGUAGGCAGUUUUAGAAAUACUAAUAAGGAGGCAGGAGAUCUACCCCCAUCUGAUGCUUCCACCUCCAGAAUCCAACUGGAUUCUUCAAGCCAGAGAAGCGACAUGCUUUCUGCAGAGCAGGGUCGGUUAGAAAGGCUGUAUUCUUAAGCCUGGACUUACAGUUAAUGAGAGACUCGGGCAGGUUGCAAGGCAUUGUAGGGGAAGGUAGCUGGGGAAGAGGCCGAAGGCAAGCUAGCCUUUUAAAGAGCUCAGGGACUUAAAAAACUUUUAAGAUUUGACUUGUGCCAAAAUUACUUGGAGAGCUUUAAAUAUGAUGGGUUUUCCUGAUUUGAAUAGAUUUAUAGCAAUAACCCAAUCGGGAUAUAAUUUAUCUUGUAGAUUAUAUUUGUUGAAAAAGAAAUUUGGCUUUAAUCAAAAUGAUCUUUGGAAAUGAUUGACUUUCUGCUGUUAAAAAAAAAAAAGAAAGUAAUUAUGGGAAUAAUAAAUGACUAUUAUUCUUUGACUCUUAGAAGGGUAGGUACAAGGGGUGCCUGGAGAGGGAGGUGAGACAGAAAAGGCAGGAAGUCUUUAUAGGAUAUGUUAGUGAGCAGGUU